AUGGGCAACAGCAGCACGAAAGAGUCGCGACCAGAGAGUCAUCGUGGGGAUAGCGGGACAAGCGGUCCCACCUCACCAAGUGACCGACAUCAUCCUCAACAUCCAUACAAUGCGAGGAGUGGCCGAGGAAGUAGACCUGACUUGUCGACGAUAUUGGGAUUAGGGGGCUCGAGUACGGAUGUACCAGAACGGAGGGAGACCAAGCAUGAACGGGAGGCACGGAAACUGGAAAAGGAGAGGGUGAACAGGAUAAAGGAGAGAGAACGAAGCAUCAAGGAGGAACAUGUGGACGGAGGUUAUCUGGUCACGAUGGGCGUUUAUACUGGCCCUGAGGAUUUCAGCAAACCCGUGGUCAGACAGCUUAUGAUCGAGCGAAGGAUAGCUCCAUUUUGGCGUGGUCUCGAUGAUUUUAAGGAAGAAUGGACGGAAUACCAGCUGGUCGCUGCGGGCAGAGGUUUGCCUAUUCCUGCCGCGGAUGAGAUACCCCCAGAAGGAAUGAUGCCAGGUCCAUCUGCAGAAUCCGAAAAUCCAUCGAACCCGAACAUACAAAACCUUAUGGUUCCUAUUUCUGGUCGGUCACAAUCAGCCUCGUCCGAUACCUCGACGACUCUUUCUCCCUCACAUCCAGCAUUCUCCGUUCCGUCUCCUACUUCCUCAGCACCACCGCCCGCACCCGGUGCCUCCCCUUUCCGGCCUCGAUCCAAAACCUUAGCCUCGCUCACGACUUCUUCGAAAAAUACUUCUUCUACCGAAUUAACACCCCGCGAGAUCCAGCUUCCAAACGACCCCUUUGUCAAUGGUCAGCCAGUGGAGGUCUUCCUAUAUAAAGACUCUUCUGAAUGCCCCAUUUGCUUCUUAUACUACCCACCAUAUCUCAACAAGACGCGAUGUUGUGACCAAGCAAUAUGCUCCGAAUGUUUUGUGCAAAUCAAGAGACCAGACCCUCAUCCGCCGGAGCAUGAAGUGAGCGACCCAAACAAUCCAACACCUCCUCCACCUGAGGGAGCAGGAGAUCCCGAACAAUUAGUAUCUGAGCCCGCAAUGUGUCCCUAUUGCCAGCAGCCAGAAUUUGGUGUUACAUACGAACCGCCCCCAUUUCGACGAGGACUGUCAUACACAACACCUGCUCAUGGUCUUCACAGUCUUUCUUCUGCAAUGUCCUCCUCCUCCUCCUUGAAUUCGACUGGUGGCCCUGCAGUUGCUCCAACUGCACACAAGAGACGCACCACAUCAAUUUCUGCGAAUGCGCCUACGGUCAUCACAACUGAUCGGAUCCGACCCGAUUGGGCCACUAAACUCUCAAAUGCCAGGUCCCAUCUUGCUCGUCGGGCAGCAGCAGCCACAGCACUUCACACGGCCGCUUACUUGAUGAACGGAAACACUGACAACAGAAGUUUUGGUUUCAGCAGUCGAAGUCGCUUUGGAAGGCAUCGGGGUGACAACAGCCCAGGUACAAGUGGGGCUGCGACACCAUCAUCUGCCACAGCUGGUACUGAAGGCGGUGCACGAAGCGUUGGUGAACAAGUGGCACAGAUGCGGCGAGAGGUUCAAGAAGGUGGUGCUUCGCGGCGAAGAAACAGGAUGGAAGACCUCGAGGAGAUGAUGAUGUUGGAGGCGAUACGCCUCAGCUUAGCGGCUGAAGAGGAGCAGAAGAAGAAACGGGAGAAAGAAGCAGCUAAAGAUGCCAAGAAAAGGGCUAAGGAAGACAAGAAGAGGGAGAAGAAAGAAAGAAAGAUUUAUGGCAGUGGCGCUAGCUCAGCUAACGGCAGUGCGCUGAGCCUGUCGCUCGGACUCGGCCGGCGGAGGGGGAAUAGCGGUGCGAGCAACCUUGGGAGAGAGAUCACCUCAGAGAACUUGCACCCUUCAGACCCGAAGGGUAAAGGUGUUGAUCGAAGCGGUGGUAGCCAAUCCAAUUUAUCGGCCACAUCAACACCUCUGGAUAUUUCAAGGGGCGAGAGCAGCUCUAAUUCCAGAUCUCCAGGCCCUCGACACAUAGAUACCACCCUCUCGCCUAUUGGCGGUUCGCACCAACCCUCUCCCUCACCUACUGCUCCGGACAAGCCUUCUCACUUGCGGCAGAUGAGUAAUGCAUCAAGUCCAGCUUCCUCAUUUGUCGAGUCUGCUUCUGGCAGUCUGCGAAAAGAUUCCCAGAUGGCACAUGCUGGGCGCUACUCUGAUGACACACCUGAAGAGGACGAGCAAAACGGAAACCCAGAGCUCGAACCUAUGUUUAAUUUCCAAAGCCUAGCCGCUAUGAUAGGCGCAGAAGACGGCGAUGAAGAUGACAAGCAAGACGCUGCGCGGCAUAUUGAGCACCUGAAUGGAGGACGAAGUUCGGGGACGAGGCAGCCGACCGAUGAUGGUACAUCAGCAUUGGAAGAAAGUGUAGCUACGCUAAGAGUGAGCGAUUCGUACUCACAUGAAGGGGUUAGGGGUUCCGAAUCCGGCCCAACGACGUUGCUGGAAUCGCAAAUUUCGACGCCAGAAGUUAAGCUUACGCCAGAGACCCCCGCAGCUGUAGAUGACCGAGAGGAUGAGGGUAAACAGCUGGGCUCAGGAUGGACGGAGCAAGUCACUCGGGAAAUUACACAAUAA